UGUCGCUAUUUAAGUCAUAGUCACGUUUCUGAUCGAUAUACUGUAUGUAAACGUGACAUAUUGAGGGAGGUGUCUGCUCAGUGGCGGUAGCUGCAUCGCUGUUUCACACUGUAAUUAGUCUUAUUAACGUUAAAUGUAAAUAUAGUUUCCGGUGUGCUCAGGGCUUACUCCGGCGACAGUGACAGCCUCUGCAGAGAGGGUCGUUUGGACAGAGAGUGAGGGGUUCAACUGUGGAGCAUCCCACUGGGUGCACGGCGUGUCAUGGACGCAGUGGAGGGUCACAAGAGCACCCUAAGCUCGGGCAAAAUGGUGGCUCUGGCUGCGGGGCUCUCUGUUGGGGCCACAGUGGGCUACAUCGUCUAUCGCCGCAUAAGCAGCGCCAACAACAGUCAGGGGCCCAACACUGAGAUGUCAAAGAUGACACUUCCUGUAGAGGUUUACAGGAACAUAUCAAGAUACCAAGCCAAGUUUUUGGAUAUGGUGACCCAGAAGUCGGGAGCUCAUGUGAGGGUUUUGUCAGAUUCAGGGGAGCCUGGAUGUAGGGCCGUAUGUUUCCUGCUGCAGGGCUCUAAGGAACAGAUCUUGCUGGCCCGCUGCAUCCUGGAGAACCUGGUCACAGACUGUGAACCAGUCACCAUAGCUUUGGAAGUUCCUCAGACUGCCUUUGGACGUAUAAUAGGUCGUGGUGGAGGGAGUUUGAAACUGAUCACCAGGACCACAGGGGCCAAAGUGGCUUGUUCCAAAGACAAAACGCAUGGUCCAGGGGCAAGCGGUAACAUUACAAUCACAGGGACCAGAGAGGAAGUGAAUCAAGCCAAGGAGCUGAUUCUAGAGAAAGUCAGAGAGGACAUGAUGGUGAGGAUGAAGAUCUCACAGUCAUCUGCUCUACGCCAGAAACGUGGACAUACUGUUGUAAAUCAGAGGCCAGAAAGCACAGAAACUGAGGCACCAGUGGGUUUAAACAAUAAUGAUCCCUUCUCACAAACAGUGAAACAUGGGCUCAUUCAUGCCCAUGGAACUGCAGGAGAACCAGAAAGUAUUUUUGAUAAGAUGCAGGAUCUAAAAGUCAGCAAUUUAGACAACGUGGAGGAGGAGGAGGUGGAGGAGGAGGAGGAGGAAGAGGAGGAGGAGGAGGAGGAGAGUUUCUGCACAGAUUCACUCUCUGAAGUUUCCAAGUUUGAAAUUCCCAGCCCAGACCUGAGCUUCCAGCCUGAUGAACAUCUGGAAGUUUAUGUUUCUGCGACGGAGAACCCAAACCACUUCUGGAUCCAGAUCCUUGGGGUUCGCUCCCUCCAGCUGGACAAACUGACAGAGGAGAUGAACCGCUUCUACAACAGUGGCAACCCCACAGAGCAGAGGGUAGAGACCAUUGUGGUGGGGGACAUUGUGGCAGCUCCAUAUCGAUACCACGGUACAUGGAACAGGGCCAGGGUGCUGGGAGUUCUGGGCUCGGGACUAGUGGACCUUUACUAUGUUGACUUUGGGGACAACGGGGAACUGCCCAGAGACUGCCUCCGCCAUAUGAGGAGUGACUUCCUCAGCCUACCAUUCCAAGCUAUUGAGUGCAACUUAGCAGGAGUGAGACCAAAAGGAGAGGUGUGGACUGAGGCAGCCCUGGAUGAGUUUGACCAGCUGACUUACUGUGCUUCCUGGAGACCCUUGCAGGCCAAACUCUGCAGCUAUUCUCACUCUGAGAUCUCCUCCUGGCCCAGUGUCAAGCUCUAUGUCAACAGUGAGGGCAAGACUGUAGAUAUUGGUGAGGAGCUCAUACGGCUGGGCCAUGCUGUCAGCUUCCAGGAAGUGUUGAAUGGAAGGACUGAGGGUGACAACCUUGGCUGUCUGCAGAGGAUGCUGGAUGAUGUGAUAGGAGCAUCAUCAGAGCUGAGUCUCUCCUGUAUCAGCUUGUCAGAAGUUGCCUCAAUCUCAGGAAGUGUCGAUGAUGUCAUAGAGGAUGAGCUGCUCUGAGACCAAAGACAUACAUAAAUGUCAAGCACUGAUCAUCCAUUCCUCAGCAUCAGAUGUUUCCUUGUCUGACCCAAACUCAGCCACGUAACUCCUUAUUGUGAAGCCUUAUCUACUUGACAAACCUGCAACAGUUCUUCAAGCCAUAUUCACGUUAUUGUUGUUUUGCCUUUAUGUCUUCAUCUAACUCAGCUUAGUUUAAAUGUGUCAUUACUAUAUUUUUGUGUUCAAGAAAUGAAGAGGAACAAAAACAGUGUCAGGAUUAUUAGAGAAAAGCACUGUGGAACCAGAGGGCAGCUGGUUUGUGGCCAGUUAUGUCUAGGUUUUUUUUUUUUUUUCUCUCUCUGCUUAUAUGCAUACGAUUUAAUGGCCUGUAAAUUAGGCUUCAAGUUACUAUGUUUGGAAAUGAACAUGUACAGUAUUAUUGAAUUUGGUCCCUAGAUUGUGUUCGCUGUAAAAAUGUGGCAUCUACUGUAUCAUCAGCUAAGGACAGAAGAAGGUGUUUAUUUGUCUUCAGAGGUGUAAUAGAUUGCACUAUAUAUUAAAAAGGAUUUAUUUUAUGUCACAAGAAUUGUCUGUCUUUUACUUUCUAAUACUGUUUGUGAUAUAAAUGUAUGUUUUAAA